UGCUUUUCACUUUCACUAGUUACUCAACCAUGGAGCACUCAAGCAAACGCGAGUUCUCAAAUUCCCUUUUUUGGUGACAUUGCCUGUCGGAGUCGUUCAGUAUGGCUGCACACAGUUUAUGCUUCCAGAUUAUUAUCAUGUUUUUGUGUUGUCGAGUGUGUACUACUUUCAUUUCCUGUAAGAAUGAAGCUGGCGAGCCUGUUGAUUGGUUUAUCAUCUACAAACUGCCCAGGUAUAAGAUUGGUGAGAUCGGCAGUGGGCUGGACUACAUGUACCUGGACUCCUCAGUGGGGACCUGGCAGCUCAGCAAAUUCACGGUUAACUCCAGUCAAGGAGCCAUAGGGAACACAUUGAACCAGCUGUACAUGGGAAAGGCCUACAAGUCCAACAGUUCAGUGUAUGCACUCUACAACGAUGGACCACCAAUCCUGGAUUACAUAAAAGGAUACGGACACACUAAAGGGGUACUGCUCUUUGACCGUUCUCAAGGUUUCUGGCUUUCGCACAGCAUUCCCCAUUUCCCGUCAUUCCCCGAGAGAGGCUACCUUUACCCCUCCUCCGGAGAAGUCAAUGGGCAGACUGCCCUCUGCGUGACCUACCCCUAUGAUCAGUUCCUCCGCAUAGAGAAGCAGAUGGUGUACCUGUACCCACGGUUCUAUAACUGCUCCGUCCCUGCUGCCUUCAUGGCCGACCUGCCGCAGUUGGCCAAGUUAUGCGAGGGCUCCAAACCACCUCUGGCCUCAGAUAAGAGAGUGGAGCAGCUUCUCUCACUGCAAGGGGACAAGUUUGUCUAUUUCGUCAAAUCUGAACACUUUGUGGAUGACAUCUACACAGGCUGGGUCGCCCAGGCUCUGGAUGCCGACCUGCUGGUAGAAUCCUGGCAGAGACAAGGCCACAAGCUUCCCUCCAACUGCUCCCUGCCCAAACACACCAUGAACAUCAAGAGGAUUCAGAUCCCCGGAUCGUUCCCGUUCCAGUCCUACAAUGACCACUCAAAGUGGUGCGUGUCUUACGAGGACCAGGUCACCUGCCUGGGGGAUCUGAACAGGGCAAAGGCCCAAAUGUGGCGUGGUGGGGGCUUGGUCUGCACCUUCAACCCCGUAAUUUACAAGGCGUUCAGACAGGUUGUGGACCGGUACGUUGGCUGUUGAACGAGAGAGAAAGAUGAUGAAAUGAUGAUGAAAGAUGAAACCAUGAUUGGACUGAAGUAAUGGCUCUUGGUAUGUGUAUAACAUGUAUGUGCAUGUGAGGUAUAGCAACGGGUUUGAUAAUCUGCUGAAAAAGGUAAAGAGGCUCUAUGAAUAAAAUAAUGAAUUAAUUCA